AGUCAGCAGCACCGGCUAUCAUGGCGGCUUACACAAUCACUCCAACCUUUCAAAGAGUUUUGCAUGCAGUAAAGCGUGCUACUCUGCAUCCCAGGUGCUGGCUCCUAAACUUCCGUGCUCAGUACGUCACCACUCAUGACUGGAAUGAGAAGACCUUUGAUAAGAUCCUCAUUGCAAACAGAGGAGAGAUUGCCUGCAGGGUGAUUAAAACCUGUAAGAAGAUGGACAUCCGGACGGUGGCCGUGCACAGUGAUGUGGACUCAAGUUCGGUUCAUGUGAAGAUGGCAGAUGAGGCUGUGUGCGUAGGCCCCGCCCCCACCAGUAAGAGUUACCUCAACAUGGACGCCAUCAUGGACGCCAUCCGACAGACAGGAGCUCAGGCUGUGCAUCCUGGGUAUGGGUUCCUCUCUGAGAAUAAGGAGUUUGCCAGGAGGCUGGCAGCUGAGGGGGUCACUUUCAUCGGUCCUGACACACAUGCUAUCCAGGCGAUGGGAGAUAAGAUUGAGAGCAAGCUCAUCGCCAAAGCCGCCCGAGUCAACACUAUUCCUGGCUUUGAUGGAGUCGUCAAGGAUGCAGAGGAGGCUGUGAAGAUUGCGCGUGAGCUCGGUUACCCGGUUAUGAUUAAGGCGUCAGCCGGAGGUGGAGGAAAAGGUAUGAGGAUAGCCUGGAGCGAUGACGAGACCAGGGAAGGCUUUCGCUUCUCCUCCCAAGAGGCCGCCUCCAGCUUCGGAGACGACCGGCUCCUUAUCGAGAAGUACAUCGACAACCCCCGGCACAUCGAGAUCCAGGUGUUGGCAGAUAAGCAUGGAAAUGCUCUCUGGUUGAACGAGAGGGAGUGCUCCAUCCAGAGACGAAACCAGAAAGUUGUGGAGGAGGCACCCAGCACUUUUCUGGACCCAGCCACUCGGCGGGCGAUGGGCGAGCAGGCUGUAUCUCUGGCUAAAGCCGUUCAGUACUCCUCAGCAGGGACCGUGGAGUUCCUCGUUGACUCCAAGAAGAACUUCUACUUCCUGGAGAUGAACACUCGCCUACAGGUGGAGCACCCCAUCACAGAGUGCAUCACUGGGCUGGACCUUGUUCAACAGAUGAUUCGCAUUGCUAAGGGUUACAAGCUCCAGCACAAACAGGAAGACAUCCCCAUCAACGGCUGGGCUAUCGAGAGCAGGGUGUAUGCUGAGGACCCAUACAAGUCCUUUGGUCUCCCCUCCAUUGGUCGACUCUCUCAGUAUGAGGAGCCCGUACGCCUGUCUGGGGUGAGGGUGGACAGUGGCAUUCAAGAAGGAAGUGACAUCAGCAUCUACUACGACCCCAUGAUCUCCAAGCUGGUCGCUUAUGGAGCAUCACGCGCCGACGCGCUGAAGAAGAUGGAAGCAGCACUUGAUAACUACGUCAUCAGAGGUGUCACCCAUAACAUCCCCCUCCUGAGGGAGAUCAUCGUUCACCCUCGCUUCGUAGCCGGCGACAUCAGCACCAACUUCCUGCCCGAGGUGUACCCUGAUGGGUUCAAAGGUCACCCGCUGUCGGCCGGCGACCGGCGGGAGCUCCUGGCGGCGGCGGCCGCGCUCCACAUCGCAGCUCAGCUCCGCUCCCAGAGGUUUCUCGGAGAGCAGAGGGUGUCUGCUGCUGCCCAGGAGAGGAGGCACUGGGAGCUGUGUUUGGAGUUGGAGAAAAGCGUUCACAUGCUGGCCGUGUCUCACUCCCGCGGCACCUACACGGUGGAGGUUGAUGGAGAGAAGGUGGAGGUGUCUGGAGAGUGGAAUCUGGCCUCUGCAUUACUGCCCCUCAGUAUUAAUGGCAGUCACAAAGUUCUACAGUGUCUGACGCGAUCACCUGCUGGGGACAUCUCUCUGCAGUAUCUGGGCACCACGUUUAAGGUGCGUGUGCUGAGCGUGCUGGCCGCGUCCCUGAGCAAGCACAUGCCGGAGAAGCUUCCAGAAGACACCAGCAGCAUCCUGCGCUCGCCCAUGCCUGGCACCGUGGUGGGCGUGGCCGUCAAACCUGGAGACACGGUGGCAGUGGGACAGGAGAUCUGUGUGAUUGAAGCAAUGAAGAUGCAGAACAGCAUGACUGCAGCAAAAACUGCCAAGGUGAAGAGUGUACACUGUAAAACUGGCGAAACAGUCGGGGAGGGGGAUCUUCUGGUGGAGCUGGAAUAAACACACACUACACACACACACACACACACACACACACACACAGUCUGCUUUCUGACUGGAUAGUCACCCUGUAGAAACAAACCCUAGUAGUCUGGAUGGAACAUCCUUUAGGUGUCUCCGCGUAGUCGUGGGACGCACAAAAAUUCGAAACUAACGUCACUCUCUCAGCCCAGUCAGCGAGGAACUUCUCUCUUGCGUGAACAACACGGACUGGCCAACACGCUUUCAAGUGUGGCUGCCCUCACAUAUGGCACGCUGUCACUCACACUUCAAUUCAGUGAAGUGCAGACAGCUCUUUAAGUGCCGUGCACGUCUUUGUAAGACGUAGGUCGAAUUCCCUCAUGUUUCGUGUACUGUACAGAAAUCGCACUAAUGAGGUUUCAGUUAAACAUGGGAUCAUUUUUACCUACCAGUGGUUGAAAAUGGAUUUUAUUCACAGGGAAACUGCGGGAGGUCUAUAUACUCCCUUGAUUUUAAAAAAGAACAAGGAAAAGGUGUUAUGAAACGACGUUUUAAGUUGGCUCCAUUCUGGCAAGACCCAAAAGUCCAUUGAGUCUCCCACGUCCCGGUCAGCAGUAUAGUGUCCUUGAGCACAUGGAUGAGAGUUGGACAAAGCCUUGCAAGGAGCCUGGGAGGAGGUGGAGGAGCCCGCGACCCACCCCGGAGCCUUCCGGCUGCAAACGUUUUUAGAAAAAUGACUUUUGUGAAAAUAAAUGAACGGGACUCAUGAA